GCCAGCUCUCACAUCACCACCACUCACUCACUGAUUGACUUAUCGAGCCGUCUCAGCGUCCUGAUCAUGGCUUCCCCCAUGUAACUGUAAAUUCGCUGCGUGUCGCUCUCUUUCCUUCACCCACUUGCGUUUUCUUCGACCUAUCACAGGAGCUGGCGACCAGCUCUAACUGUCCGCUUGGACGAGUAGCCGGCUGCAGCCGUGUGAUUCUAUGAAAGAGAGGCUUGUGAUAGAAAUGCUUCGUGCUUCUAUUGAGAGUAGAAGAACUACAAGGUCGAUGGUGCAGUUUCACCGUGUACGCAAAUGUACGUGAAGGCUCUGUUUUCGCGACAAUCGCAGAUGGAGCCUCCUAUUGCGGCCCGGCGUCGUACGCGCUACAAGCCGUUUCGUUUCUCGAUGCGGAGCUGCAAGGUUCUCAUCCUGGCCGUAGGAUGGGCUCUUGCCGUGUCUUUAUUCUCGACACCUGGAGUUUCCCUCGCCUUGAUUGACGGGAAUAGUACAACUGGACUCUCACCCCUGACAGCUGAUCCCGCUUUAUUCGGCGAUCAGGUUUCGCCAGGAAGUUUUGUCCUCCCUGGGAACAGCCGAAAUGGGUCGUUUGACGUUUCAGCUCCCAUGUCGCACAUGACCGAUGCCAGCCGGCGAAAGCUGCUUUCUGCUAGCGACUGGUUACCAGGAGCAUCUCGGCGAAAGCGAGGCACUCAUUACGCGUCAGCGGGCGAUUUGCGAAAGGCGAUCGACAGCAAGCGGCUUGAAGUGGUCGAUCUUAACCCUAAUCCACCGCCUAGCAUUCUUUCGCGAAAAGGCCGGCGAGCGCUUAAAGGUGUGACCAGCCGGCGAAAAUUCGCGACAUGCGCCAAGGCCCUUCGCUGCCCGGAAUUCCGGAUGUGCGAAGACGCAGGUUUCGAGGAUAUUUCCGUCUGUCGAAACCCCGAUUACAUGGAUCUGGCUCCGCGAAUUGCGGGGAACGGCACCAUAGUUAAGCCUGAAGAAAACGACGAGGACGGGGAGGAAGAAGAGGAGGAAGAGGAGGAGGAGGAGGAGGAGGAAGAGGGAGAAGAUGGAGAGGGAGAGGAGGGGGAGGAAGGGGGAGGCAAGGACGGAGGAAAGGAGGGGCCGACGUUUGUGUGGUCUGGGCGCGUGUUUGCGCUGCACGACGUGUACGUGAACAACAAGGGCCAGGUGUUCAACGCCACUCAUGUCUUCAACGCCAAUGGCUGCUACGCCGAAGACAAGUUCCACUACGAGCCCGGCACGCGCGUGUCCUCCUACAACUCGCUGGUCAACCUGCUGGUGAUAGGGGGCACGCCCGGCACGCGCCUGCCCUUCCACGAGAUCCUCGAGCUCGUGCCGCUCUUCCUGCCGCUGUCCCGCGUGCUAAAAAAGCACGGAAAGCCGGCCCUUGUGAUGAGGGGAAAGAAGCUGCCUCGAGUGGUGGGAGUCACCAUGGGUCGCAUGCUCUCCUUCGGUGAUGCCUCUCGCCUCCUCUUCGUCCGCACGCUCAUUCAGCCCACCUUCCAGCACUGCCAGCACCCCAGCCCCUCCCUCUGGUCCAAGCUGCGCUCCUCUCACUUCCUGCAGCCCCGGGGCCUGCCCCUGCUCAAGCCCGACUGGUCCGAGCGCCUCCCCCCCACACUCCCCAAAAACCGCCCCGCCCCCGCCGCCCUCCCCCCCUGGGAAGAGAGCGGGGUGAAAGAGGUGAUCGUGCUAGAGCCCCCCUCAGGGGUCAAGGUGAAGGGGUUUGCGGGAAUUGUGGCGGGAUUGAGGGGGAAAUUCGGUGGGGAGCAUGUGAGGCUGGUGGGGAGGUUUCAGCGGGACGACGCCCGGGACUUGUUUCCUAGAGCCGCACUGCUGGUCAGCGUCACGAGCCCGUUUUUGAUCAACCUCGCAUUCCUGCCACCCCGCGCCGCCCUGCUGGAGCUCCGCCCGCCGCCCGACCACGUGGACGCGGUCAUCGCCGACUCGGUCGCCAGCCUGGCGGCCGUCUGCCAGAUCCACCACCGCGUGAUCCGAGGAAGCUUCGUGGAAAGCGAAGCUGGGGGGGGAGGAGGAGGGGGCAAGGAGGGUGCGGAAGGAGCAGGAGAGGUGGAGUGGAGGGGUGGGGCAGUGGAAGCAGCGGCUAUGUUUCUAGCUAGAGUGGUGGGCAAAGCAGUGACUGCAGAUGAGAAGGUGGUUGAAGAGGCAGUGCUGGCUGCAGCAGACAGGCGAAUGAAAGCCGCCAAGCUCGCACAGGCUUCCUCCUCCUCUUCCAGCAAGAAGCCGCUCAUCCCCGGCACGCAGAUCCAAUCUCUGCAGUCCGCCGCCCGGUUUCGGCGCUGGCUGCGGUGCGUCAGCCAGCGCGGGCGGUGGGCUUACAAUGCCACGCCACGCAUCCUCCCUUGGGAGUACCUCGGUACAAUGAACCUGUGCGACCAUAGGCACCAGGAGACCACCGGGGGGCUGGUGACCAAGAAAGCGGAUAAGUAUGCGGUGGAGGGCGGUGCGUCGGGCGGGUGGAGCGUGCGUGAGUCGCUCAAAUACGAGUGGAGAACGCCGCCCGGGAAGUGCCCGAUUGGCCCGUUGAGGUCGUUUGAUGGGGAGGCGUUUUGCAGGAAGGCCGAGGGGAGGAAAGGGGGACUGAAUCUGCUGUUUCUGGGUGACUCCUUGGCGCACCAGAUGGUUGUAAGCUUCCUCAACGGUCUUCUGAGGCACAUUCCCAAGCCGGCGGUGUGGGCGGUGAACGAAACGAUUCCCCAGGAGUGCUCUGAUUGGCUGGUGGAGCCCCCUCGACACGCCUACUGCCGAGUGUACACGUUCAAUGCGAGCGUGUGUCCCGGGCUCACUGUUCACUUCGUGAGGAACGACCACUUGUGGUUUACGCCGCCCGGAGAAGCCAAGUUUGAUCAUAUUCCGUGGCAUCUUUACUCGGGGUUGAGGAAUGCGGAUGUGGUGGUGGUGAAUCGCGGUGCGCAUUUCCUUGGAGGGAAGGAUUUUGAGAGGAGUGUGCCACCCGCUUUGGAAUUUCUUCGAAAGAAGCUGCCCGAUUCGCUGAUUAUCUGGAGGAAUACUCCCCCCGGGCAUGCCAACUGCACGUCCUAUAUCGGGCCAAUCAAGAAGCGGCAAAAUCCGGAAAUUCUGCCGUUCCAUUGGGACAUGUUUGCAAGGCAAAACAAGAUGGUUCGGGGGAUGAUGCACGAUGUGGGAGCAGUGUACAUGGAUGUGGAUACUGCCACGGCGUUGAGGCCCGAUUCGCACAAAGGAUAUGUGGAAGAAAGGGGGGUCCUAGACUGUCUGCAUUACUGCACGCCUGGUCCCACGGAUAUGUGGGUGGAGCUGUUAGCUGAUAUAAUAUUGCGUGGUGUGUAUCGGGAUGGGCUAUUGUAAGUGGGUGUGUAUAUUAGUUGUACUGCUGCGAGCUGCCUAUUAAGGUUGCGUAGUUACCAGCUUCAGUGACGCUGUUACGAAUGGGACUUCCGAGUAGCGCGGAGGGCAAUGGCGAAACUGUGAACGAUUGAAUGACAAUAUAUAGAAAGCUUAGGG